AUGCCUCCCCUCCCUCAAGAAGAUACUGUUGCCGUCCCUUUGCCUGUCGACCAGGGCAUUGAUAUUGCCAAGGUCAUGAAAUCAGAAGGCCCCAUUGUCGAUGCCGUCGUCUUGUCGGCUGCGGACAAUGCUGUCAAAGCCAUUCGAUUGGACACGACCCCCAAGAAUCAAAUGGUUGCCAAGACUUUGGGUGGCCCGUUCACUUUCCUUGGUCAAUACGAAGAUGAAGGCUUGAUGAUUAUGGUCCGCCGGGAUCCUGAUGACAAUCUUCCAACAAACCCACACAAGUUGCAACCUCCCUUCAAUGAAACAACCGUCAAGGGAGAUAUUCUCCUGCUCAAGGUGGCUCCCGAAAGCCCCGAAGAAGAAAAUUCAGAAGUUUUCAAGCCCAACGAAGAAUUCUUUCUCAGCUAUACCAAAGAGGAAUACGAAGUCUUUGCUGCCCGCAAAGAUAUUGUCGCUGUGACGCCUUCUAAUUCGGAAGAGGCCAUGGACGAAGAAGAUCCCGUUGCCAGUGGGGAGGAAGAAGAGGACGAUGAAGAAGUUGAAGGGGAAGACGACAGUGAAGACGAAGAUGAGGCCGGAGGAUUCAUGGCGAUGCUCAUGGGAAAUGUACUUCAACGGUUUGAACAAGACAACGGUCGCCAACCCAAUGAGGAAGAACUCAAGGCUCUAGAAUCUGCCAUCUCUGAAAAACUUGGCGGAAUGGGGGCCUGA